UUUUGGGGUGUAGUCUGCCAAUAAACCUAGAAGAAGACGUAGAGAUGAAAAGGAACCAGGGGUGUAUACAUUAGUCCAAACAGUUGCAAAACAACUAAAACGAGAGUUUCUAUUGGACCUUUUGACAAACGUUUCGGUCCUUGGACUCCAAAGGCAAACGUGCAUACUUUUGUGACGUCACUACUUGCGUGAUGACGUUGUAAUGGAGGUUCAGAGGUGGCAGCUGUGGGUUGAUAUCAAUGACUGUCGGUAUCUGGAAUAUAAAACUGUUUAAAAGUUAGUUAAAAGGCCCUGACCGUUUUUAAACAAGGUCAAACAAAUAAAGAAGGACCACAAUUCCAUGGUCAUUUUCUCGAUUGAGAGUUUGUUUGUUUGUUUUUGAUGCCUUGCUUGUAGAGCUGGCACUAUGCCCGCGGCUACUGUGGAUCAUAGCCAAAGAAUAUGUGAGGUUUGGGCUGACAACCUGGAUGAAGAACUCAAAAGGAUCCGCCAGGUCAUUCGAAAAUACAACUACAUUGCCAUGGACACAGAGUUUCCAGGUGUAGUUGCGAGACCGAUUGGAGAGUUCAGAAGCAAUGCUGACUACCAGUACCAGUUACUGCGAUGUAAUGUAGACUUGCUAAAGAUUAUCCAGCUGGGCCUUACCUUUAUGAAUGAACAGGGUGAAUAUCCACCGGGAACUUCAACAUGGCAGUUCAAUUUUAAGUUUAACCUCACGGAGGACAUGUAUGCACAGGACUCCAUCGAGCUCUUGACAACAUCAGGCAUCCAGUUCAAGAAGCAUGAGGAGGAGGGGAUCGAGACAUUGUACUUGGCUGAACUGCUCAUGACCUCAGGAGUGGUGCUCUGUGAGGGCGUCAAGUGGCUUUCUUUCCACAGUGGCUAUGACUUUGGCUAUCUGAUCAAGAUUCUGUCCAACUCUAACCUGCCCGAAGAGGAAGUGGACUUCUUUGAGAUCCUUCGCCUGUUCUUCCCCAUCAUAUAUGAUGUCAAGUACCUCAUGAAGAGCUGCAAAAACCUCAAGGGUGGGCUACAGGAAGUGGCAGAACAGCUGGAGCUGGAGAGGAUUGGCCCCCAGCACCAAGCUGGCUCAGACUCACUACUGACAGGCAUGGCAUUCUUCAAGAUGAGAGAGAUGUUCUUUGAGGAUCAUAUCGACGAUGCAAAGUACUGUGGUCACUUGUACGGGCUGGGUUCAGGCUCUGCAUACGUCCAGAACGGCACAGGGAACGCCUACGAGGAGGAAGCCAAUAAACAGCUGUCAUGACAUCAUCACUGGGAUCUUUCUGGAUGCUCUAGUCAUUUACUACGACGAUUGGAAUAAUGAAAGAACAAAAGCGCAUAUAUAUCAUUUCGGAAGCUCUUUGUCAUAAGCGCUUCUCACUUUAGGUGGUUGGUGAAUUUGGUGGUUCAAUAGUUCCUAUCUCCAGACGUACCCAAGGUUUGUGUUUGUGCUUAAAAUCAUGUUUUUUCUAUGAAAGCAGUUUAGAGGGGCUGGUUGGUUCAUUUAGAUUUCACAUGAAGCGCUUGAAGAGAAAACAAGGGAUUUUAGUUUUUCAAACAUUUUCUGUAGAAAUUUUGCACUUUAAAGCUCCUAACCAGAUCCUUGAUUUUAUAUGAAAAGCUACGUUUUUCUGGUAUGCUCCUCUUUGUUGCCUUCUCUAAGUUCAAUUUUUUUCACUUAACAUCUGUCUUUAUUAUGAAAAUAAGUAUUUUUUUUUCACCAAACUUAGCCUUAAUAGUAGCCACAUUUUUUUUUAUGUUAUUUUAAUAUUUAAUUUAUUGUACUGGUUGGUUGUUUUCAUGUGACGAGACCCCCCCCCCAUAUGUAAAAACAAAUAUGCAAUAUAAGAGAGAUUGUUUUUAAAGCUUUUGUAAAUAAAGGCUUCAAACUUUUCUAACAUAUAAUAACUUGAUUUGAGUGAGUUUGAAAUCUGUUUGAGUCAUAUUUUAAAUGAUAUACCUUAUAGGCUAUUGAGACCGAUAUGGGAGAAAGGUACAAGAACAUUCAAUAUCAAUAUAAACAGGCAGAAUAUGGCAUCAAUGUAUUUAUCUGAUAAGGCAUCACAGUACAGUACAUAGCCUCACAUGUUCAUAAAGGUAAUUAAAAAAAUAUAGAUUGACAAGGUUUUGCAUACAUUUGAGCCAUUUACCAAAAGGAAAACCAAUGCUAACUGAUGCUGAUGACUCAUUUCCAAACAUAAAAUGUAAUUUAAAAUGACCAAAGGAGUACAAUCAGAACAGAACAUUCACAAAGAAUGGAACAGCUGGAGCAAUCGCUGUAUUAUUUCUGCAGCACUUCCAUAUUUUAAUGGAGUUGAAUUGAGAAUGCAGCAAACAUUCUGAAACUGAGGCUUGGAUUUGAAGAUCAUAGGCCAGUGUGUCAGGCCUCUGGAGAAAAACAGGAUCUUUGGCUGGCAGUUUGACAAUAAACAGCACUACAGGAAUACUUGACAUGGCAAGCACACUGACAUAUCAAAAAAUAAGACUGAUUGGUGAUGUCUAAGAGCCAAUGGUAUGGCCAGAGGAACACAGGAAUCCUUUCAAAUCAAAGAAUAUCAAUAUAGCCCUUAUUCAAAUGAUUAUUAUGCAACAGUGAUUUUACCGCAUUUCCAAGAGAGAGAAACUGGUAUAAUACAUGGAACUAUUUACUUUCUUAUGUUUUGUUAGCAUCCUGAGUAUGAAGCAUGCAUCAGUUAAUUGAAGGUUUUUUUCUUUUAAUCACAACAGUUAAUCUCUUCAAUACUUCUUUCAUGUUCAGUGCCAUAAAAAGCCUAACACUGCAUAUCUCAUCCAAUAAUCACACACACAAAGCAGCUUUUACUCUUAAAAUAUGUCUAUACAAUCAUAGAAUCAACAUUCACUAUCAUACAUCUUUGCGUGUUGGGUUAGGAUUAAGUAUUGGCAAAUUUUAAAAUGACAUUCAAAUGGAAUAUUUAUACUGUUUCUGUCAAUAAUCACAAAUACAAGUUAGUCAUUCUAGUUUAGACAUUACACAAGUAAAAAUAGACUAAUUUGAAGACAAAGUCCAAGAUAAUCAAAUCAUACAACAAUAAUUCAAUGGUCCUUUACUAAAAUAAUAUAGAUGUACUGAACACAUACAAAUGUCGCUUCUUAGACCAACCACCUGUUUGUUAUACAAAGUGAAAAUAAAACACUUCUCAUUCUAUUCUUAUGCUUUUCAGAUCCAAACUUGCAAAAACACGGCAAGUAAUUGGAAUGCAACUUCAAUCUUCCGAGGCCACAACUUGAUCUCAUACUCAAUAUUCAGCCUUCAGGAAACCAGUUUUCACCACGUUAAAUUAUUUCUUUAGAAACAAUAACAAUGUUUAGUUGGAUUCAAAUGUUA